AUGGGAACCACUUCAGGACCACAGUUCCUAUCGGAGGAUGGAUUACCGUACGGUAUGCCAAGUGGAGCAAGCCCCGCGCUGCACCCUAGCACUCCCUUCGGUAAUCCUCCUGCGCUUCAGACCACGGUCGAAGCAGAGCUUCUGGCUCAGAUGACCUCUCUCCGAAAGGAGAUGGCUAAACUCCAAGAACGUAACAAUCUCCUCUCGUCCAAAGUGGACGAAACCCAACGGUUGCUUAAUCAGCAGGAAACACAAAACGUUCGGACCACCGAAUCUUCCCAGAGUCAGCAGACCCCCGGUCGGCAGAGGAGGGGAAAACAGGGGGCAAAGGCAACGCCUGCGCCUUCCAAGCAGCUGGUGGUCCCAGCACCCCAGGACCAACCGCACGUACCGAAGAAGGUAUACACCGAUUGUCGUCAUCGGAUCAACGACAAGAAGGAUGCCGAACGGCAUAGGUCCCCAAUCAGACUAAACGCCAACUUGAGGGACUCCCGGAUGAGGGUCUUGGGGGAUAAAUCGCCCCUUCGGAGGGCUCAGGGUUUGGAUUCGGCGCAGGAAUCCGAUGAUGAGUACAUCCCCACCAGGGACACCGAAUCAAGCUACCGUUCGGAAGCUCCCCCGGAGUUUCGAAGGCGAGAUCACCGAUUCCGAGGAAAAGCUUCCGAAGACUUUGGUUCCGAGGACGUCCCCAGCCGAGACCCCACCAUCCGAUUACUUUUCCAAAGAAUCCAGAAGAUGGAGGAGGACCGAACCCGAUCCCAGGUCCCUGACUGGGGAAAACUUCGGCCGGGACCAUUUACCGAGCGCAUCAAGAGGUCCAGACCGGACAGGGAGGUGCAGCCGCUGCGCAUACCCUUCUAUACCGGUGUGGAGGACCCUCUGACGCACCUCCACUCCUUCCAAUCGGCAGUUGGGUGUAAGGGCCUCAGCGACGAGGGACAAUGUCUGCUGUUUCCCUCGUCCCUUACCGGAGCUGCGCUGAACUGGUUCUACCGUCUCGAGCCAGGGACACGGGACCGUUUGUACUCUGCCGACGAUCUGUACACGAUUCGGCAAAGGGAGGACGAACCCCUACGGGAAUACGUGGCGCGCUUCAGUCACGAGUACUCGAGGUGUCUCGAAACGGACGAUAGGGCAGCCUACGGCGCCUUCAAGAGUGGCCUACAGCCCUCUCACUUCGGGUACCUCGUGCACAGUAGCAACUGGCGCACGUAUGACGAAUUAAUGAAGCAGGCGGCAGUCCAUGCGAAGGCCGAAUACUUCAACUCCAAACCCGGGCCUUCGGCUCGGAAGGAGGAAUCGGCAGCCAAAAGUUAUCCAGGCCGAACCGAUGACCCGUCGGCAGGACACAAACGGAAGGACGACUGGGAUAGCCGUCAGGGAAAUUCAAAGAAAGGACGUGGGAAGUACGGACGUAACGACCACCGGGCGCCCCUACCGAAUCACGAUCGCGCUCAGGAAGUCUUCACCCUGCUGAACACGACGUACGAAACCGUUCUAAUGAACGAACGUGAUCUUUGCCGAUGCGUUCAAAGGACUGGGGAUUGCCGACAGCAUGGUCAAUCGGCAAAUCACGCCUCUCCUCAGUUUCUCUGGAGAUCUGGUACAACCGGUCGGUAG